AUGACGAUGUUCGACAGCAGACUCUUCUUGGUUCUCCUGGCUGUUCUUGUGCCAUCCCUGGGAUCUGACCCUGGACCUGAUGAGCUUCCCGACAAGCUUCAGAAUCUCCUGGACCUCCUGGUAGUCGCUAAGGCUGAUUUCCAGUGUGUCUUUGACAUCAUCGACGAGCAAUGCCCAUGUCUUAUGGAGGGAUGUGCUGUGUUGGUGGCUGGAUGCAACUCCUCUGACAUUGCUGUGGUUGACCCGGUCGGAACGAUCCUGCCAAGUAUAGGAACUACUGGCAGUGUCAGCGCUCUUACAGUUACUGGACCUUUUGCCUUUAAUUACUUCAUCCUCUACCUGAUUACCAAUCCUCUCACCGUGGUUGCGUUGAACUUACCGUCGGGGACUCUACAAACUUUUGUCAGCCCCCUGGAUGGUGAAGGGACUGGCAUCGCAUUUUGUAACGGUUGGUAUUUCAUCGCCAUGGAAGAUUCUGACGGAAACAGUGUCAUUUACCGCUUUGAUACCGUUGCUGGAGAAAUUCUUGUCAAUAUUUCAUGUGCUGGGCAACUCAGAGUUUAUGAUGGGCUAGUGUAUUUCAGCGAUUCCAACGAAAUCCUGUGCGUCAACAAAUUAGGUGGCGAUCUGGAGACCAAAGUGAAGUUUCCGAUGAAAAUUAAGUCGUUUGAUGUUAUUGACAAUGAUACCAUAGUGUUUUGUGAUGUUGCUGGCGGUCUGUGGACAUACAACCUCGACACCGAAUGUUUCAAACUGCUGGACUGUAAUGUGGACGAACCGUGCUGUGACGUCAAGAUCAACCGCUGUUCGUGGCUCAUAUACGUGGCUUACCCUGAUGAUCCGGUUCUUGACAUUUUCAACCACACUACCUGUGAAAAGGAAGGAAACUUGACCUACACUACGUCCACCCCAAAGGAAUGUCCGAGGCUGGAGUUCAAGCCACCCUGUCCCUAG